AUGCGCCUCUUCGAACAUCUGGCUGUCGUGGUGGCAUCAUGGCUUCUCCUCACCUCUACAGUCGACGCCCACUCAAAAUCGAGAAGCCCAUUAAACUAUCUGUCAUUAAUUGAACAUCCUCGAAUACACUCGCCCUCGCACAGGGUUAAUGCCUACUCAAGUUUUGACCUCACCUUCGACCUGCACCAGAACUCCGAACAUGUUAGACUCAGUCUCGAACCAAACCACGAUAUCCUUCAUGAAGAUUCAUAUAUUGAGUUUCUCGACAAACAUGGCAAUGUCAAACACGCGGAAAAGAUGGCACGCGAGGACCACAAAGUGUACCAGGGAAAGGCAUUCGUGGUCGAUGCGGACGGAGUGUCGGAGUAUGUUGGGUGGGCUCGGAUAGUGGUAAGACGAGACGGUGUACACCCUCUGUUCGAAGGCGCCUUUACGGUCAAUGGCAACCACCACCACAUUCAAAUGAAGUCCAGUUAUAUGGCCACCAAGCACCUGAUGGACCCGGACCUCGAGGAUGACGAUGACGAGUAUAUGGCUGUCUGGCGAGAUUCCGACGUUAGUCGACAAACACAUACCGAGCUGAAGCGCAGUGCUGGGCUGACCUGUGCCUCGGACAAGCUGGAGUUCAACUCGAAUCCAGACCAUCCAAUCUUCCGAGACUUGACGCUCAAGCGUGACGUUGGCUACUGGGGGGCAGUGUCCUUUUCCAACCUGCUCGGAAAGCGCCAAAACAUCGAUGGCGGCGGCGCGGGGAAUGGUAAUUCAGCCGGUGUCAAUCUCAGGUCGACGAUUGGUAGCACGGCCGGCUGCCCUACAACCCGCAAGGUCGCCCUGCUCGGUGUGGCCACCGACUGUGGCUAUACCGCCAGCUUCAACUCGACAGAUAGCCUACGACAAAAUGUCAUCACCCAGGUCAACACUGCAUCCGACCUUUACCAAUCGACUUUCAACAUCACUCUAGGACUGAGGAAUCUGACCGUCUCGGAAGCCGAGUGUCCUGGCACCGCAAGCAGCCAAACUCCCUGGAACAUCGGCUGCACUGGUAGCACUGACAUGACCCAACGCCUGAACCUCUUCUCGCAAUGGCGCGGGCAACGGGGCGAUGACAAUGCUUACUGGUCGCUCUUCACGACCUGCAACACUGGUGCAGAGGUUGGUCUUUCAUGGCUGGGGCAACUAUGCAACCAUGGGUCCACCGACCAGCAAGACACCAACGGGACAACCCAAAGCGUUACGGGAGCCAACGUCGUUGCAAGGACUUCGACCGAGUGGCAAGUCUUUGCGCACGAAACCGGCCAUACAUUUGGCGCGGUGCAUGAUUGUGACUCGAGCACCUGUGCGGAUGCCAACACAGUCAAUUCCGGUCAAUGCUGCCCACUGUCCGCCACCACAUGCGAUGCAAACGCUCAGUAUAUGAUGAAUCCUUAUUCAUCAUCCGACAUAACGAGAUUUUCCCCUUGCUCCAUUGGCAAUAUUUGCAGUGCUCUGGGUCGCAAUUCUGUACAGUCGACCUGUCUCACAGAUAACAAAGGAGUGGUCACUAUCAGCGGUAAUCAGUGCGGUAAUGGUAUUGUGGAAGAGGGCGAGGACUGCGACUGCGGUGGCGAAGAAGGCUGUGCCGGAAACUCUUGCUGCAAUCCUACCACAUGCAAGUUCAACGACGGCGCCGUAUGCGACCCUGGGAACGAAGGGUGCUGCACGACUUCUUGCCAGUUUGCCAGCGCGGGAACUGUCUGCCGUGCAAGUACGAGCCAAUGUGAUCCUCAGGAGACCUGCUCGGGAACCAAUGGUACUUGCCCCGCGGACACGACCGCACCCGACGGCACUGAUUGUGGCAACGGUCUCGAAUGUGCAAGCGGCCAAUGCACCAGUCGUGAUCUUCAGUGCCGAACGCUCAUGGGUAGUUACACUUCCAACAACGAUACCUACGCUUGCAACAGUCAGACCUGCACCCUGAGCUGUGCCAGCCCCGACUUUGGACCAAAUGUCUGCUAUAGUAUGCAGCAGAACUUUUUGGACGGUACUCCCUGUGGUGGUGGUGGACACUGUCAGAACGGCGUUUGUCGUGGGAGCUCAGUGGGUGGCGAGGUCAAGUCGUGGAUCGAUGACCACAAAACCCUCGUGAUUGCUCUGGCCAGUACAAUCGGUGGGCUGAUUCUUCUUGCCAUCCUUGGCUGCUGCGUGCGGGCCUGCAGACGGCCCAGAGGCAAGAGAUUGGGUGGGAUGGUGCCGACAAGCCGGCCGAGAAGGAGAGCAGGACCUGGCAACCCAUCGUCAGGAUGGGACGGGCCACAGAUUCCUCCGCAGAUGAGAGAUCGUGGGUACGGAGGUGCCUGGCAGUCGCCUCCAGUACAGAUGCAACCCGCUCCCCCGAAUGGUUGGUAUCCUUCUCAACCGCCUCCGGCCUACGCUGGCUGGGGAGACGCUCCUCGAACGAACACUGUUAGGUACGCCUGA